GCCACGCCGGGGCCACGGCAACCAGAAUUGAGUCUAAUCGAUCAGUCUCCGGUUACACCGAUUAACCGACAGUAAACCAACGAGUUGUCGGUCAGCGUCAGAGAGUGCCAACAUGAGGGAAGAUGUGAGGAUCCUGCUGGUGGGAGAACCUAAAGUUGGCAAAACAUCAUUGAUCAUGUCCCUGGUGAGCGAGGAGUUUCCAGAGGAGGUGCCAGCACGUGCCGAGGAGAUCACCAUCCCUGCAGAUGUCACUCCAGAGAGAAUUCCGACUCAUAUCAUCGACUAUUCAGCUUCAGAGCAGACAGACGAUGAGCUCCAGGAUGAGAUUAACCGGGCAAAUGUGGUUUGUGUUGUGUAUGACGUAAAUAAAGAAAGCACCAUUGAAAAGAUCCAAAGUAAAUGGAUUCCAUUGGUAAAUGGAAGCACUGAACAGGGCAACAAAAUUCCAGUAAUCUUGGUAGGUAACAAAUCAGACCUACAAGGAACCAGUUCCAUGGAAACAAUUCUACCUAUCAUGAACCAGUUCAUGGAAAUUGAAACCUGUGUGGAGUGUUCUGCUAAGAAUCUAAAGAAUAUUUCAGAGCUGUUUUUCUAUGCACAGAAGGCUGUCCUUCACCCAACUGCACCCCUGUAUAACCCAGAAGAUAAACAGCUGAAACCAUCAUGUGUUCAAGCCCUUACUCGGAUCUUCAACAUUUCUGACCAGGACAAUGAUAGAAUUCUCAAUGACUCAGAGAUGAACUUCUUUCAGAAAUACUGUUUCAGGAAUCCCUUAUCACCUCAAGCUUUAGAAGAUGUUAAAACUGUGGUCUGGAAAAACACGCCCGAUGGAAUCCUGGAUGAUGGGCUGACGUUAAGUGGUUUCCUGUUCUUGAACAUGUUGUUUAUCCAGCGAGGAAGACAUGAAACUACCUGGACUGUUCUACGGAAGUUUGGCUACGACGAUAACUUGGAACUGACCGACGACUAUCUGCAUCCUCAGUUGCGAGUUCCUUACCACUGUACAACUGAGUUGAAUUACUGCACCUACAUGUUCCUGCAACAAACCUUUGAGAAAUAUGAUGCAGAUAAUGAUGGCGUGCUCUCUCCAAUUGAACUGAAGAACUUAUUUAGUGUGUUUCCCUACUUCCCCUGGGGCCCCGAAGUCUUUAAUACAGUGUGCACAGACGAGAGGGGCUGGAUCUCUCUUCAUGGCUAUCUGUGUUAUUGGACGUUCACUGCUUACCUGGAUGUCCAUCGCUGUAUGGAGUAUUUGGGAUAUCUGGGAUAUACCACCAUCAUGGAGCAAGAAUCCCAAACUGCAGCCAUCACGGUGACUCGGAGUAAGAAGCUGGAUCUGGAAAAAGGACAGACUCAGAGGAAUGUGUUUCUGUGUAAAGUAAUCGGACCAAAGGGCACUGGGAAAACCGCAUUUCUGCAGGCCUUUUUGGGGCGGAGCUUGAAGGUGCAGAAUGAGAUGGGCAGAGAUGUCUCUGAUUUCACAAUCAACACCGUGCAAAUCAACAGUCAGGACAAGUAUCUAAUACUGCAUGAGGUGGAUGUUGAUACUGAGUUCCUGAAAGCGUCCUGUGCUGCCUGUGACGUUGCCUGUUUGAUGUAUGAUAUUACUGAUGCCAAAUCUUUCAACUACUGUGCCAGUAUUUACAAGGAGCACUACAUGGAGAGCAGAAUCCCCUGCAUCUUUGUGGCAUCAAAGGCUGAUCUACCAGAACAAAAGCAGGAACAUGGGAUCACGCCUGAAGAAUUCUGCUACAAACACAGACUCCCAGCCCCGUUUCAUUUCAGCUGCAACAGCGAUGAAGCAACAACCUCUCAUAUCUACUCGAGGCUUGCACUUGCUGCAGCAUUCCCUGACCUAAAUGAGGCAGAGCUCAGCAUCACGUCCUUCUGGCUACGUAUCACGUUUGGAGCCACUAUCAUUGCGUUCUUGGGACUCGGCAUCUAUAAAGCACUUGCCAGGCAGAAAUAACAGGAGACGGGAUCAGCACGACGAGGAUGGUGUCCUGAACAGGGAUAGGGGAACAUGCACUGAUCUGCCAUCCUGUAGGAUUUUAUUACAGUUAUCUUUGGGAUUUGGGUAGGGAUGUAGGGAGAGAAGCCAUCGGCUGUAAUGGUGGAAGAACUGAACAAACAGCUUCUGGUGUCCAUGUAUUUUGACAAGACAUGUAGGAAUAGGCUUUCCUGUCUUUACUGUUGAGAGUAUCUGCUGGAAGAGACACCUGACCAGUCUGAGCUCUAGAAAGGUAUCUUUACUCACUCCCCAUUUGGCAGCUAAUGUCAGUGUGUUUAGCUCUGCACUUUCCCCUUUCAGUGUUUAUUCUACACGUCCUGUUCUUUUGGGGCUUAUUUCCCCUGACCUACUAAACAAACUGUCAUAUCCACCAGAAGAGCCCUGGUGAGACUGCCAGUGGCACAUUUUUCUGGUGAUCUAUUUUAGUGUGAGAUUCAGAAUGUGUUUCUUGAAUGUAAAGUAAAACCCCUUUGUUCCGUGGAAUUAUCUAAAAGCUGUUGGCUGGAUGAAAACAAGGGUAUGUUGGUGAGAUCUGAAGGACUGUUUUUCUCAAUAUUUUUAUACCAGAAUUUGUAAUUCAGGUGUAUUGAUGUAUUUUUUCAUUUUAAGGAAAAAAAAACACAAGGGUGUUUCAUCAUACUUUUUGAUACUGUUGGUGCCAAGGUCAUAAAUUUCUGUUGUCUGCAGGUUUUGGCUCAGCAGAGUAAUGGAAAUUUGGAUUCUGUGAAGGCCUGUGCUUUGUCAAUGCUGUUUAACUGGUGCUUGUGUCUGUGUAGAGAAAAUACCUGUAUACCAACAACCAAACCACUUCUUAACUGGCACCAAAAUCUCUCUUACAAUUUUGAUUCUCAUUCUUUGUGUGAAAUUUAUCUCUGGAUAAGUAGGCAAAGAUUAUAAGGCAAACCCAAUCAUCAGGAAAAUUAUGCACUAACUGUAUCAACGCCUGCAAGAGUAACUACAUUUCAAAAACAUAAUUUAUUGAGUAUGAUCUUCCUUGAAAUAUCCUGAGAAUGCAACUGUGUCUUUAAUUACUUGUUUUCAAUAGUAAUCAGUGGCCUUUCCUGAACUUUCUACCCAUUUACAUCGGUAUUUCUUUAGCUAUUGACUUUUUUCCAUGUUCCGUACUUUCUGUGUUGUGAUCCUCAAAUGUAAUUCAUGUUCUGAGGGACAUUGUUUGGAACAGGAGGAGGCCAUUCAUGCCCUCCAGCCUGUUCUACAAUUCAGUCAGAUUAUUGCUGAUCUGCAUCUCAACCUCAUCCACCUACCUUUGCUCCAAAGUCAGUUAGUUAUUAGUUUUGUCAUUAUAUCGCUUAUACAGGUGACUUUUCAUAUGUCCUUGUUACUGGUUGCAGGCCUGUCUGAUCACCUUUGAGAUUCAUUGUUACUGGAUCAUACUGUAGUGAGAGUUAGUGAUAGAGUUCCUAUUGUUUAAAUUUUCUCAAAAGCAGUGCCCCAUUUUUAACUGUUGUGUGUACAAUUUUAAUUAUAAGUGUACCAAAUAGUCAAAGAUGAUUUACGGAUAGAGUACUUCUGGGACUCAGCUCACUUCUAUCCAUCAUCUACUCCCCAUCUUCCUGCCCCUUCAAAAGGCAGAGGCAGAGGCAGCUCUGUGAUGCCUAACCUUGUGAAAUGUUGAAUGUUUGACCUUAUAAAAUGAGGUAAACAAAUGCUGGUGAAUGAGACAUACUGCUGUUUCAGGUGUUUGCUAUCAGUAUGUAAGAAUCAGGAGCUAGAGUAGAUAAUUCAGCCACUUGAGCCUCCUGACCUAUUGAGUGAUCAUGUCUGAUAUUUUACCUCAGUGCUAUGUUGGCUUUCUUUCCCCAGAUUUCUUGAUUCCCUUGAUCAACCUCAAUCUUGAAAUAUGGUCAUCAACUGAGCAUCCUCUGGGCUAGAGAAUUCUAUACAAUCGUAGCUCUUUGAGUAAAGAAAUUUAUCCUCAUCUCAGUCCUAAAUGGCCAACCUCUUAUUCUGAGACUGAUCCUUAUUUCUACAUAUUCUUAGUGUCUUUCAUGUCAAGCCCUCUACUGUGUAACCAAUGUGCCUUAACCUCGACAUGGGAAAAGCAACCUUUCAUAUUUCUUUUUUACAGAGCAACAUCUGUCAAUCAGAGUCAGUUAUGUCUUUAUUAAGAACAGCCCUGAUAUUUGAUUAAAAGUGACCUUUCCUUUUUGUCAUGAGAAAUGAUGAGCAGUCUGGUAGAUAUAUACAUCUUGUAGAUGCUGUGAUGCUAUGACACAUGCCUGGGGCUGGUGGGACUUGAACUCAGAUGUUCUACCCAGAGGUACAGGCACGACUACUGUGCCACAAGACCUUUAAUCAAUUCCUGUAUGUUAGCAUGUUUAACAUAAAGUAUGCCAACCUCUAAGUUCACUUGCAACAUCAGAAAUAUCUUGAGACAUUGCAGUAAGAUUCCAGUGCUGUACUCCAGAAUGGCAUUGCGAAAAGAAUCAAACUGUUAUUAUAUUGACAUCAUCCAAAUAUGGUUCAUGUAAAGCAUAAACACCAACAUAAACCAGUUUGGCUGAAUGAUAGAUCACACUUUGUCUAAGGGAUGUUUUCAGCCUGAAUUUCUGAGUUGGGAAGAAAUUAAAUUGAGUCUGUGGGUUUUAAGGCAAGGCAGGAUUGGUGAUGCCGAGGAGGAACUAUCACUCCGCUUGUUUAAACAGAGUACACUCUGACUUCAUGAUUUGCUUGGGUACUGAAGAUCAGUUGAACUCCCUUGCAACGUCAAAUAGUGAAAUCGCUCAGAACUAUACCUGAAUACCGAAAUACUCUUGGGUUGUUAGAGUCCUCAUCUAUAUUCCAAUGGCUUUUAUGUGUCAGCUUUGAAAAGGGAUUGUAUUUGCUGGACAAAGUUAGAUUUGGGCGGUACCCUCUGAGAACUGAUCGAAGAUGUCCAAGUUCUCACUAGUGUUGCACUUUUUUAUCUUAAUUUUCUUAAAAGUGGUGCUCCAAAAGUGGAAUGAUGCAACACAGAAGGAAGCCAUUUAGCCCAUUGUGCUUGUUCUUAGGGCGACCCUCCCACCCCCUUAUUGCUUUCCCAUAGCCCUGCAAUUUCUUUUUCUUUGUGAAAUUCUGCAUACUUUCUGCUUCUUCCUCCUGCUUAUUUUUGCCACUUUUUUGUUCUCACUGGAUCCAAAGAAUCCACUAAUCUGGCAGGUGGCUUAACUCCAGUGCUGUUCCAAUUCAUUUGGCUGGAAUCGUAGAAUCGCUCCUUCAUAACUGCCAUUGUACUUUGCCACACUUGAGAUCAACAACACAGGCAUGGACUCAUUCUUGUAUUGCUCAGCCUUUUAGACCCUUUAUUUGUGUGUCUGGUUUGCUAUCUACAUGGCAAAAAUGGAGAGCAAAAUACACUCUGCUGUGCAAUUGUAAAGAACUGUGGCUUGAUUGCAGUGUCAGUUGGUGUUUCCCUGAAUCCCCAACUGUAGAUGUGUGCCUAACAGCUGUAGAAUUAUCCAGAGUGAGUGUCUGAUCUAAAAGAUCGCUCCAAUAACCAACCCAUCCCUUGCCUGUCUUCCAAUCAUUCAACUCAGUUGUGAACUUACUGCUCCCAUACAAUAAAUUAAGCCUUUGAUCCUGUCCAAUUCAUGUGAAAUGUAAGUUUUCAUGUGAACUCAAUGUGUUGAUGUGUGUGUGUGUUUUCUGUCUUGAUCUUGCAGUCACAAUUGACCCAUCACUGAAUGGUUGUAUCCAAUAUCAGCUUCCGAGGAGGUUUUGUUGCUGCCUCUUUCACUUGAAGCCACCCUAUGUUUUCCAAUUGAACUUCGUUUCUAUUUGCCCUUUCUCUUCUUGUGGCAAAUGCUUGUCGCUGGGUACUAGUUGUCUGAUUGUAUCUUGGCCAAAUGAUCUUUAGUCACAUGAAAGGUGGUAGAUUAUUCGGCUCCAGUGGGAAAGCAGGUAAGAACUGUCCGAAUUCAUUAUUACUGGAGUCCUUUCCCCUAACCUACUCAUUGUCUGACCUGUCAGGACAGUUAUUGUUCCCUAGUUACUUCUCUCAACUUAAAUCAAUUACCUCACAUGGGCCCAGGGAUUGAACCUGGCAUUGUCCCAAUCUGUCUCACUCAACCAAAACACCAAGCUAUUAGCGUUCACAGUUUUUCUGAUGUGUGAUUGAAGCCAUCCAUUGCUUAGUUUGUAUUGCAGUUCUCAGCUUACAAAGUAGGAAGAUAGAACAGAGUAGUAUUUAAAAUGCCAUGGACAGUUAAAUGAUCAUAUCUUCAGAUUGGUGAGCUUGGUAACUGUGGAACUGGAAUUUAACUUUACUCCUGUUUGAUUACAGAUUGUUGGGAGUAAAAUUCUUUGUGUCAAUAAAUAGGAAAUGUUAUUUCUUUGUGAUUUUUAAAUGACAGAUUUUCUGUACCUGUCCUUUCAUGAAAAGAUAAAUAUAUUUUCAGAUUUUACAAUUUU